CGCUCGACACACGUGGUCCAAGGAGCUCGAUCGUCGGCUCGACCUCGCGUGCUGGUGAGACGUCGGGACUGCCUCUCUGGACGCGCUUGUGUGUGUGUUCGGUGUUUUGUGACGUUACUAUAUAUUGCAUUGGUGAAAAAAACAGUGCAUAUAUUAUAUAACCGAGAAAUAUAUGAAUGUCUAAGAUAUAUUAUACAUUAUUAUACGGAAUAUUUUUUUUAAAAAUGUGACAAUUCAUGUCUCAAGUUUCACUGAACAUUUACACGAUGUAUCACGUGAAUCAAAUCAUGUUUGUGCCCUUUUUCUCACGUGUGGGAAGUGUGUCGUGUGUAAGCCCAUAAACGAAAAAUAACUGAAGAAAACAGACACCAAGAUGACGUGACACACACCAGCCAUCUCUCGAUCGCAGCUUCUAACCGCAAGAACUUUCCGGCCGUGACAUAAGGCCAAUCAGUUCGUCGUGUCUUCUGAUUAGCAAGAAAAAAAGAGAGACGGAUAUGACAGCAUCUGAAUCCGUGACCUCGACAAAGCUGGCUUGAACGCUGUCUGUCCGUUCUCAACUCCUGCUCGCGUGUCUGUGUCUACGAAACGUGUCUGGCGUGACAUCAUGGAGAGGCUUAUCAGGUCCCUGGCGAGAUGCCUCAAAUUCUCGUGUGUGGAAGACGAGGUGGAGAUGCGGGUGUCGGAGGAUGAGGGCGUGGUGGAAGCUGAGGAUGCGUCCCUCCCCGCCCCUCAUCACCGGGCGCCCAUGUAUAACCCCGAGGACUACGCCCACGCUCUCACGAAAUACUCUCGCGUCGCGCAGUUAUACAUGCCCGAGCCGCCCAAGGAGAAGAAGGGCCGAGGACGGGAGAAGGAAAGGAACGUGGCAAGGGAAGUUCCUCAGGAAAUGUCCCUGAAGCAGUUCAGUUCCUUGCCAGAGCUCCUCAAGAAACUCAGAGAAGAUCUUAAGAUGUCCUACCUCAGCUUCGUCAAAGAGUUGGUGCGCGAUCCUCACGACGGCGUCUCGCUCCUGCUGGACGUGUUGAAGAUGAUCCAGCUGGCUCAGACGGAUCUCAAUGGAUCGGCCAACACGCGGGAGCAGCAGAUCGCCCUCCGUCGCGCUCUCAUCGACGAGCACGAAUGCCUCUCCUGCUUGCGCUACUGCUUGCGCUCGACCGACGCCGCCCUCAGGGUCGCCCACUAUCACCACGGCCUCUAUGCUCUCGCCGUGGCCACCAUGAGUAAUCUGGCGAGGAGUCGGACGCUCGCCCUGCAGCUCCUGACGCGGGCCUGCCUCACUUCGCCGCAGGGGCAUCGUCAGGUGGUCGAGGCCCUGGCGACUCUCAGGCUACGAUUCGCCGAGCCGGUCAAGUGUAAAUUCCUAGUGUCUAUGAUGCUGUCCCACCCACACCCAAGCUUUCAGGUUUGGGGACUAAGGUUCCUCAACUCCCUCGUAGCUUCCACCAAGACGCUUCGGGAGAGGAUUUACUUGCAGGAGGAGCUUUCGGAGGCCGGAUUCGACUCCGGGAUCUUGAGGAAGAUGAUCGAGCGCAGCGGGUCAGACUCCCUCCAACAGCAGGCUCUAAUCGAACUCAACCGCUGGAACGAAGCUUACAUCGACGUCUCCUCCUUUGAGACAGAGAUCGUCGGGCUAAAGAACUCCAACAACAAUCUUCAGGAGGAACUGAAGAAGCUAAGGGAAGCUAACAUGAAACUUCUGGAAGAAAAUGUCCUCCUAAAGACUGUUGGUGGAGAAGUGGAGGAACGUUACGCCGCCUUACAGCGUCGUCUGGAACAGAAUGGCCUCCCCGCAGCGCCCUCUCCUGUACCCUCCGUCAGCGACUCGGACCUCUCCUCCCUCAACACCAUCAGAAACACGAUGAUGAGACGCCAUGGCUCUGUCUCACCCUCUAGGAAUGAGGGGAUGAGGACCUGCGUCACCGAGACUGACUCGGUCAUUUUCAGCAAGGGAGACGACAGGUCACUGACGCCCAUCUGGAACGGGGACGCCAAGUCCACUUCAUCGUCAGCCUCGACCAGGAGCAAAGCGUCAACCACGUCAGAUGAAACCAUUACUUCUUCUCGGCCGGUGUCUGUCUCCAGCGUCAACCUCCCAACACCUGUUAACAGGAGUCGACACCAGUCCUCCUCUUCCAUGACCUCGCCUGAACCUCGGAUUACGUCUCCAGGAAGGAGUUCUAGCGACUCGCCUGUAGGAAACGGGGAUCACAGGAGGGAUGGCAGCAACUCGAGCAGGACGUCGCCGAAUCAAGAACCAGAGGGGAGGAAGCGACGUUCUUCAGGUGAUAGGUUUAACGAGUCCAUGCCUAUGACUCACAUUGAAAUGACUUUCCGUAAUGACAAGAAGUCCCCCUCACCUGUAGCAGACCUUCAGUUUGACAGAAGUAGAUCUCCUCAAGAUAUAAAACUGGCAAAUCAAGAGAUGUCAAAAUCUACAAAGCAGUAUAGUCGACAGCGCCAGCAAAUCCCUGACGAGGCCCCACCGGUCAUUAGUUCACCUGUCAACGGACACAGCAGAGAAGGACGAAAGUCUACAAGCCCUAUUCAGGUCGACAGCAGGCCUAAUAGCAAGAACUCCUGUGUGUCUAGCACUCCAUCGUCCAAACCAGACUCGCCCCCCAGUACUAAGAGAAAGGCUCCCAGCCCUCCUGCAGGCACAGCCAGCCCAUUCUCUUCCUCGACAUCGUCUCUGUCAUCUUCGUCCUCCACCUCCUCCAGUCCAGGAGGAGAAAGGAAGGACCCGGAGUACAUGAACGUCCCGCUUCGAGGAUCAUCUCAGAAUAAAAGCCGAAGUGGAUCGCCCAACGAUAAAGCCCGUAGCGGCAGCGAGGAGGGUGACCUCGAUUAUGAGCGAGACGUCGUGGUUUAUGAAGCUAUUACCGUCGCUAACGACAGGAUCUUCAUAGACAAAAAUAAUACUCAAGGCUCCCAUGGCUCCGGAAAGAGCCAGAGUUCGAUGGAGACAAAGGGCAGCCAGGAGUCGGGGGACAGCCAAGAUAGUUCCUCAGAUAGUCCCUCCGUGCGUGAGUCUGUUCGACACUAUGAGAACCUCGUCAUGAUGACCGACCCACAGGAGGAAAGAAAAGACCAGAGGACAGAUAAUAAGAAGGAUGACGAUAUGACAGGCAAGAGAGAUGAGAAAGGAAGUAAUGAAAGGAGGGAUAAACGAGAGGAAAGAGGAAGUGGUGAAAGGAGAGACAAAAGAGAUGAUAGAAGACGUGAAGAUGUGAGUGAGAAGGAAGUGGAAGCAGUAAUGUCUGGUCUUGAGAAUGUGUUGCGCAGUGCUGAAUCUUCUCUGAGUCUGGCUUCUCAGGAAACCGUUAAAGAGAAUCCUCUACUAAAAGAUAGCUUUGAAGACCGAGCCAGUCCCGAACAUGCCAUGACUGAGGAAUUAGAAAUUGUACCAACAAGAGUGCCCCAUUUACCUGCGAGGUCCCGCUCUAGAAGCUCCCAGGUAGGCAGCAACCAGCGAGACCCAGUUCUUUACCUCGAGUUUGAGUCUCCUGCCGAGACGAGCGACACGGAGACGCUUCUCAGGAACCAGCCUCUCCCCAGCCCUCGCACCAUCGAGACGGAAUCCACGAAGUCGUUUGGCUUCAUCCGUCCAGAAAAACCCCUUCGACGCCACGAGACGUUCAUCGACCGCAGCAACAACGAGCGUGAGUGUCGAGAAGGACGUCGGCGAGGAAUCAAGCGCAGUGAAAGCUUCCAGAUGGGAAACAAGUCAGACUACAACAGCCAUCGCUCCUACUCACCUCGACGCCGAGGCUCCAUGGACCUUCUAGUGCCACUGGAGGAGAAAGAGGUUCACAUAAGUGGGCGCACCUUCACGAAGUACACGCCCCACGAGGUUGAGCGCCGAAACCGUGUGAAUGAACUCAUUACGGCCGAGAUGAACCGACGUAAGAAUCGCAGCAUGGAAGAUCGCCUGGACCAGUGGUUUGAGAGUCAGGGCGAUAACGAGUGGACGCUAAGAUGGAAGUACCCCGAAAUUCAUCCCGAAAAGGAAGAGAAGUAUGCCCGUCAAAAGGGCAACAGCAGCAGGCGACAAGAGAGUCGAUCACCCACCCGUUAUGAAGACAAGAGACCAUCUAAAUCUAAGAGUUCUGAGAAUAGACCUCCUGCAAAACAAUAUGAUAACAAAGGCCAAUCUCCAAUGUUCGUAAAUGAUCUACCAGGACCUCCGCCGAAGCCAUCUCGGUCCGCAAAAGCGCCCAAAUUCUCCAACAACGAAAUUAGCGCCUUUAACGGCUUCAAAAACCCCAACGGCUUCAGGGAGAGUGACUACGGCCCGAACUUCAUGCUGAACAAGCCUUCGCCGCGACUCGCAGACUUCUCCGAUUUCAACGACUACGGCGGGCGGGACUACCCUCCUCCCCCGCGGGCACGGAAUCUCCGAGAUAGCUGGGUACCGAAUGGGCGGGAGAAGGGCAUGGGCGGCCGACGUAAGGCUGACAUUGACCCCGACAUUCCCUCUCCCGAUUAUUCUGCGACGCCCGCUAGCACCAUGUCCACCAUUAUCAACGGAUCUUCGCCUUCUAAGCACAUAUUAGACAUGCCUUCUGGUCUAUAUUAAGAAGUUCUUUCAGAAUCCCAGUCAUAUUUCUUUUCGAAAUGUGAUUAAUUUAUAAAAAUCUUUCGUGAUUAUGUUUGUGAUCGCAUUAUGUGAUUUUUCAAAAGGUGAUUCACUAUGAAAGUAUAAAGAAGACCAUAGAAAAUUCCGUGUACAGCUUUAUUUUACCAACUACAUCGGACUAGAGUCUGUGCACGUAAUGUGCCGUUUCCAUAUCUUCAUUUCUUGAUAACUGGGCAGUAUGAGUAUUCUAUAUAUAGUACCGCAUGUUAUAUAAACUACAUAAUAACCUCUUCACAGUUUCUUAAUUAAAAGAAAAUUAUGUGCAAUACUCAAUGAUACUUUGUAAAUAUGUGUAAAUAUGAUUCCCUAUAUAUAAUUAUAUAUAAACUUUGAUUGUUAUGUAAACUUUACGAGUUUAUAAAAAAGAUCAGCAUACUGA